GAAAAGCGCAGCAGGUCAGGCAGCAUCCAUAAACUGCCCAUAGUGAUAGGCGCAUUAGUUAACGAUAAAUAUAGGGAAUGGUUCCUCUUUGUAGGGUUGGUGUGCACUUGUUGGGCCGAAGGGCCUGAUUUCACAUUGUAGGAAAUCUAAUCAAGAUAAGUUGCAAGAUUUAAUUGAUUUUGAUUUCAUCCCUGCUCCUCUACCCUUUGCAGUUAUAGCCUCUCAGAACUCGCCCAUCCCACUGCACGCUUAGGCCCAUUCUCACAGUCAGUUGCAACCCCUCACUGUGGUCACAUAAUCAAAAUAUCCUCUAUUUUAGUCCAUGAGAAUUGGUCAUCUUGGUGGGAUGUGAGACACUUACCUUAAAAAAAAAAUGAUUCUGUAUAGGUCAGUCUGCCUGUACAUGUCCCAGUUCCACCUGCUUCGAGACUUUAAAUAAUUUGAAGAGUUUGGUUACUCUUCAAAGCAAUCGGGUUUACUGGCUGUCCUGCAGAAUGAUUCGUUAAAACUUGUUUUUAGGCGUUAUGUUUGCCUGCUCUGCAAGUUUAUUCUGCUUUUCCAUUGAUUGGCUCCGACACAGGAAGUUUCAUCAUGUGUGCUACCAGUGUUCAGGGUUGUUGAGCAUUCAGUUCACCAGCACAGGCACAGCUGUUACUGGCUUCGUUCAGAUAAUUGUAAAAUGCAGCUACGUUUCUGGUGAAGGAUGACUGAGAAUGAAAACAGGCAGCCAGAGGCUACAGGAGGGGGUCUGUAUAGGGAGUAUAUCUCCAACCCAUUGAUGAGUGACACUGCAUCAGACUGGUCCCCACUGCAUGAUGCUGCUAUUCAUGGACGUCUCUGCUCACUCCAACAACUCAUCAGCCAGGGCCAUGGUGUAAAUCUCCUCACAAUGAACCGAGUCUCACCGCUCCAUGAAGCUUGCCUUGGUGGACAUGCUACCUGUGUAAAAUAUCUAUUGGAGCAGGGUGCUAAGGUAAAUGCAGCUACAAUUGACUGGAACACUCCACUCUACAAUGCAUGCUACAGUGGCAGUGAGGCCUGUGUAAACCUGCUCUUACAAAAUGGAGCUGUGCCCCAAGGACAAUGUGCAUUGGCAUCACCCAUCCAUAUAGCAGCAAAGAAAGGGCACACACAGUGCAUGACCAUCUUGUUGAAUCAUGGUGCACUCAUUGACUACAAUGUCACACAUCUGGGGACACCCCUUUACGUAGCCUGUGAAAAUCAGCAGAUGGACUGCGUGAAAACCCUCCUAAACUCAGGUGCCAACGUUAACACGAGCAAAAACCUUGAAUCUCCACUUCAUGUGGCAACCAAGAAUUCGGAUACACAGCUAGUCAAUCUGCUGCUAGAACAUGGGGCAGAUACUGACGCUAAGAAUGCUGAAGGAAAGCGACCUGUGGAACUCGCAUUACCAAACAGUUCUUUAGAAAAAUUACUUCUACAAUGGGAAGGUCCACUGUCCUUGAAACAGCUAUGCCGACUGUACAUCGGAAAGUGUUUGGGUUAUUCUCGGCCUAUUUCCGUUUCCAAGCUACCUAUCCCUCAGCAGCUAAAGGACUUUCUGUGCUACAGAUAAUAGUAUGAGAUUUGCAUAAUUGGACCACAUGUCAGAAACUCAUCCUGCAUCCAGUGUUAGGAGAUGCACCUGUUUAAUUUGAAAUAAUACUUACCAAACUCUCUUUCCAUAACUGCAGCCUGAGACUAUUAGGUUCAGAGGUACGUACAGUACCAGAUUUCAAUCCUGUUAUUCUGUGUGUACUGCUCUUAUUUUAGCAGUACAAUCACUGCCUUAAUUUGCAGAAUUAUUUGUUACUGUUACCAGAGUACCUCAAAGUUUUAUGGGGAGGGAGGAAACUGAUAUAUUGCAAAAACAAAAUGGUUUACAAACGUUCUUAUUUUGCUUGAAAUGUGACCUGUUUUAUAACACUGAGUGGCUUCCUAAGCAUUAUUUUGAUGAAUAGGAAAUGCACGCUUCUUGUGAAUCAAGUUGUACUUUCCCAUACAAGAUUCAGGCAAAACGUACAGUUAUUAAGCUAUUUGAUAAAAAUCCAAGUACCUUUUGGAGGUCAAGUUGGACAGUCUAUAUUUAAAUUCAGAGAAACGUAGUCACUGCUGGUCAGUGUUCCUCUCUACCUGACUCAUCGAUUCUAAUCCUUUACCAUCUCCCCAAUUCCAGUAAUGAUCAGCCAUGCCUGUCCUCUGCCCUCUGUUCCCAGCUGUCACAUACUUAUUCAAUUAUCCUUUUAAUGGUCUGUUUCCCCUCCCCUAAUUCUAGGUACUGAUCUGAGGGCCAGUGUUUGUGUGACAGUAGUUCAAUGCUCAGGAUUACAAUGGCCAGCAGCAUGAUUGUCCAUUUGAGAAUCUGCAGUUUGCCUGCUCCAAUUUCUAGGCCUUUAACUGUAAACCAAUCUCUCGUCUGGACUUCUGUCUGGGACUUAUUGCACGAAUGUUGUAUGACUUUUCCCACAGCCACAGCUAAGCAUAAUUUUGGAGGUAUUCACUUCUGGAGUUAAAGUAUCUUAAAUCUAGAUAGGAAGAAAGACAAAACAGUGUAAACGCUAAGUAAGUUAGGCAAGCUCUGUGAAGUAAGGAAGUUAACAUUUCAGGGUAGCAAGCUGUCACCCUCAGUAUUUUGCUUUGGUUUUCAUUCUUCUGAAACCCUGCUUGGCAUACUUCAAGCCUUGCCACAAAAAUAUUGAGAGAGAUUUUCAUCAUCACUCACUGUAUUGAUGAUAAUUCCUUUCUUGCCCUUCUGGACUACUAUUGUCUUCAAAUCCCCAACAGAUGCGUUUCUUUCUCAAUAGCCUUGGCAUGAGGGGUACGCAAGUGAAUGAAGACAGUCUUCAGGAUUCUAUUAAUCCACAGGACAGAAAGCAGCUCUGAGCUUAAUGUAAAAACAGAAUUAAGUGGUAUUUCUUGGUUCUUAUUGGGUUUGAGAGGAUUAGAUGUAAAAUUGACUUUGGAGAUGGAGGCUGAAGUGCUCUCUGUAAGAAAAUAUUUAAAUAAUGUACAGAAGGGGACAUUCAGCCUCAGCCUGAUCCUUCAAAGUGUAAUGUCAAAUUGAAACCCCUACCUCACCACUUUUCCAUGUCCCUACAAGCAACUUAUCUUUCAACAUAUUAUCUUUUGAAAGCUUCCAAGGAAUCUGCUUACACCAUCCUUUUCAGGCACGCAAAAAGCUGUGCAAAAGCAUUUCUCCUCUAUCAACAUUCUUUUGCCUAUUUACCCAUCAAAUGGCUCACUCCCUUGGGGUCCCAUGCUCUUCUCUGCUCUCAGGAAAAGCAAUUCCAGAUUCUCCAGGCUCUGUACAUAAUGUCCCUCACCUCUGUCACAAUUCUGUAAUGCCCCCUGCAACAUCUCAAAGUGCUUUACCUCUCUUCCAGAGGAUGAUAGACCAAGUAUCCUGCAUGUUGUAUGCUGCUUUCUUAAGUGUUGUCAACUUGCCUGCUAAGAUUUGAGAGCAUUCCCACCCAUCUACUUCUGCUUUUGCAGUCCCUGUUAGUAACUGCACCUGCUUGUCUCCCAAACUGUCUUCGUUCACACUUGUCACAAUUGCUGUGUGUCUUCUCAACUCAAUUUAUGUCCUCCUAAUGUCUGCUACUAUUCUGCUCACAAAUUGCUACACUGUUAAGUUCUAUCAUUAUCAAAGGAGCAGGAGAAUCGACAUUUUGGGCAUAAGCC